UAAAUUAACAACAAGAUUAAUUGAUUAAUUUGUGUCUUGUGUCAUUUUUUGUCGCUCCGUGUAAAGGAACAUAUCUUUUUUAUGGCCGCUGGAUUUCUUGUUUAUUUGACGUUCUUUCAUUUUCCGUUGCCAAAGGAGGGGAUUUACGCAAAUACAUCACAUUAAUUAAUUACAUAGAGUUUUAAUUAAACUGUAAUACAACGUUAUCAAUCUGGAAGUCUUACAAGUGACCCGUGGGGACGCCGAGAUGACGUCUGUGGCCAGAAGGAGAGACCCUGAUGAUUCUGGAGAGUAUUCCGACACCUCGCAAGAUAUCGAGCAUAAUAACUCUGGAAAUGAAGGGGGCCAGCAUGAGUCCGAUUACGACUCUCAGAGAAGUGAUUCAGAGAGGUCUGAAGGUGAUCCAGAGAGAGAGAAGCAGGAGGCAGAAAGACGAGUAGAUGAUGAUGAGGACCGAAGCAACCCUCAAUAUAUUCCUAAGAGGGGGACAUUUUAUGAGCACGAUGAUCGAACUGCAGAUGGCGGCGAAGAAUCGAAUAAAGCGACCUCGGAGCCGGCGUCAGAGAAGAAAGAGGGAAGCGAGACACCCGCCGACCGGCGCCGCCCGCCGCGCAAGUCCGACACGCUCAACAAGUGGUCGCACGACAAAUACAACGAGAACGAACAGGUACCAAAGUCCCGUGACGAACUGGUCGCUAUAUACGGGUACGAUAUUAGGAACGAAGACGCACCGCCGCACGCCAGGCGAAACAGGCGCUAUGGUCGCGGACCGAACAAGUAUACACGCACUUGGGAAGACGAGGAGGCGUACAAGAGGCAGGUAGCGCAAACUCCGCAAAGGAAACCACCCAGUCCGGCUGACUUCCCGGAGCUCAAUGCUGUCAAUAAACCUGGCAGAAAACCUCGUCCUCGUCAAAGGUCGAAGUCACAGCCAGCAUCCAAUGAUUCAUCUGAAAGUGGUUCGCAGUUGCGAAGAAAUGCCUCGAUAAAGAUGUCGAAUCCUAAGCAGAAGCCUGUUAAGCCGAAUUUGGUAAAACCUGGGCUGAAGCAAGGGGUCAACUUGGACAGAAGCAAGGACAAGAUACAGAUACCAGAGAAUCUCACUAUCACCACCACUGUUACAAACAAUAAUCAAGGUCAACCCCAGAGGAAGGUGAAUGCAGCGGUAGCUCAACAACGCCCGGUGCCCACAGAGCAGAAUAAGAAGAAACCGAUUGUGACACAGCCACCGCUCCAGAGUAACGCGGCAAAACAGCCGCCGCAACAACAACAACAACAACAGAAACCGCCAUCACAACAACUUGCACAACAACAGCCACAACAACCGCAGAAACAGGCGACGGCCGGUGCAGAAUCACGCGGUGGCAGCAAGCGUUACAGCGAUCUUCGCCAGAGGCCGCUAGCGGAGACGUACGCGCCACAACAGAAAGCGCCUCAACAACAAAAGCCUCCAACACAAACGCAACAGACACCGCCACCGCAACAACAACCGACGCAACCGCCACCGCAACAACAACAGCAACAGACGCAACCGCCGCCGCAACAACAACAACAACCCCAACAACAUAGAUAUCAUGGUGAGUUUGUCGGCGGAACCCAGCCGCAGCCGCACCAAGGUAGUCCGGGACCACAGACUAUGCACCCACAACAGAUCAUGCGCCCGGUACACAGGAACGCAGUAACGCAACCGCAACACGGGCCGUCGCCGCCGCACCAGACCUUGCAGCAACCGCAGCACGCACAACAGCAAGUUAGACUCGGCAUUCUGGAGCAGCAGCAAAUAGUUCAGCAUCCGCACCACACAAUGCACAAUAUGCCUCAACCGCACGCUAUAGGACAAUUACAACCUGCUCAGGGAUAUGCGCCGCCGGCCAUGAUGCCGGCACAAUAUAUGCAGCAAGGAGGUAGCGGCGGAGUGUUUGGGGCUACCCCCAUGUACCAGCCGCCGGCGGCGUAUCCACACCAGCUCUACCAGCACCAUAACUAUGUGAGCGCGGCGCAGGGCACGCAGGCGGGCGGCGUGACGUACUACAGCUGCGCCGAGCAGGAGCUGCCGCCGAGACAGCCGCGCCGCCCCACCGCCGCCAUACCGAUCGUUCGGCCUGCGCACCCUGAAAGGCCGGCAAAUUCCUCUGAAAAGGACAACAUAGACCGAAUUGUAGAAAACAUGUUUGUAAGGAAACCCUGGCCCGCGCACGGUGUUGAUGCACCGAAAGAUAAGGCGCAAGACAACAGAAAUUCCCAAGAGCCACAAAGUAAAGAGCCAUCCCAACCUAACAGCCUAACCUCGAGCUCAAUAUCAACAGACUCAAAGCCGGAGAAAACGGAGAAAACUGAGAGAACGGAGAGUGAGAACCCUGACAGCGCAGAAGCCUGACGCGUAAUGUAUGAGUAUUACAACAGGAGAUAAUUUCUUAUACGCCGUGCGAGUGAACGACAACUUAGUUAGCAUUGACAAUUUUGUUAUCAUUGACAAUUUUGCUAUCGUUGACAAUUUUGUUUUGUUGACAA